CUCUCAGGGACAAUCACAUCCUCUUAUCUCAACAGAAAAAAUGGAGGACAGAGAAAACUUUUGAUGCACUUUCGAUGGCACAUGUAACCAACUGAUUUGUCAGGAGGACUUCAGUGCAGAUGAUCGUGCUCUCUACUCAAACCAAGAGAAGCAACGAGUGUUCAUGUCCGUGGUGAGACCUGAAUCCAGUAUGCAUUUUUACAGACUGGUUACAGUGAGCCUGGCAGUGCUCGCUGUCAUUCUUCUAGCCAUUGAUAUCGGCCUGGGAGUCUAUUACAGCAAACUUACUGGGCAAUACACAAUAACAGACAUGAAUGAGGAGAUGACCAAACUGCAGGCUUUUUACAACUCUGCAGUUAAAAGCAGGGAUGACGCCAAAAAGGAGUUGGCAAAAGAAAUCAGUGAACACCUACAUACUGAGUGGGAAUUGGAUCAUCAGACUAAAAGAAACAAAGGCUAUGAAAAGGAUAUUAACAAAAUCCAAGAGGAAAUUUCAGCAAUGAAAGCCCACAUACCAAUGAUUGCGGAGGGCUGCAGACACUGUCUCCCCGGGUGGACUUACAUGAACUCAGCAUGUUACUACAUCGCUACGUCUGAGGCUCUUUCGCGCAGACCAUGGCAUCAAGCCAGACAGUUCUGCAUCAAUCAAGGAGGAGACUUGGCAAUAUUAGACACCACAGAGAAAAACGUGGCAGUAAAUAGCUUGAUAAACAAUUAUCAUGACUCCUCAAGAUUCAUAUCCCUUAAUGGCUACUGGAUCGGACUGAGAGAUAUAGAUGAGGAGGGAACUUGGAAAUGGUUGGAUGGAAGAAGAAUGACUGAGGGGUAUUGGAAUGACGGUGAGCCCAACAACCAGGACAAUGAGGACUGUGCAGCUACGUAUCCCAAAAACAACCCCUUCAAGUCCUGGAAUGAUGCUCCAUGCGGUUAUAGCCUGAAAUGGAUUUGCGAAAUGGCACCAAAGUCUGGGAGUUAAUGUAAUUUUAUUUUUUUAUUUUUUAAAUCCCAUUAAGUUUUAGUUUAAUUGUUUGAAUGAAGAAUUGACUUGACCUUAGAGACUUUUACACAUCUUCUGAACUGUAACCUUUUAUUGUCAUGUCGAUAUUUGUUGAAACUACAAAAUGGCAAGGAAGGUUCAAAUAUGAAAAAUACAUAUAAUUUAUGAAAUGAGCUAUAAAAUGUAGGUUGAUUAUUUUACUGUAAUAAAUUAAAUCUUUACCAUAA